AUGGCGACCGACGACGAGUACAUGGACUUCCUGAACAAGGCCAACGAAGACCCGAGCAAGGGCUCCGCCAAGACCCAGACGACAGGCACGAAGAAGGCGUUCAAGACGGCCGACAAGGGCGCCGACAUCCCGCAGCCGCUGCUGCAGGUCACAAAGGAUGCGUUCUACACCAGUGACGCGGACGAGCCGUUCGUGCCUGUCUCGCUGGCGUGGCCGAAUGGAGACGGUCUGCCGGACGAAGAGGAGCUUGCCAGGUUGAUUGAGCACUGGGAUCCUGCGAAGGCGGACGUUGAGAUCUCGGACCCGAUUGAUUGGGAUUCAAAUGGACAGUACACGGACAUUAUUGAUGCCGUGCGGAAGGCAGGCAAGGGCAACGAUGUUAGAGUCUAUCGGGUGGCUAGAGACGGCUCUAGGGCAGAGUAUUUUGUCGUGACGAGAGCUGGUGAUGGAAAGAUUGCCAGACUGGUAGGUGUCAAGGCUCUGGCUGUUGAGAGCUGA